GAGGGGAAUGAAAGGCUCAGAUCAGCCGGAGGUGUGGGAACAGGACGCAGGAAGAGACGCGCACACGUGGAGGAACAAACGGAGCUCCACUUUCCAACAAGUCACAGCGAGUCUUUGCACCGGCGAGGAGGCAGGAAUCAAACAAUGCUGCUGGAGGAGGCAAAAAGGUGACUGGAGCGAGAAGGGGAAGCUUUUUGUUGUCUUCUGUCACUGAUUGAGAAGAAUCAAAAGCAGCCUGGAAAGUGGGCGCAGAGGAGAUCAUGGAAAACCCCUGGAGGAGGAGGAGGAGGACGCAGGCGGUGAGAUGGAAGUGGCUGAGGAGCUCGCUGCUGCUGUGUUUAUUCACUGGUGGAAGUGAGGCCCAGUGUGAAGGAUGUAUAGAGUACUGCUGUGAUGGAUCGCCACCUUUCUGCUGCUCCUACUACGCCUAUGUUGGAGACGUCCUCUCGGGCACUGCCAUCUCUGGGAUCGUGUUCGGUGUUGUGUUUUUGAUGGGGGCGGUGGCAGCCUUGUUCCUCUGUGUGUGCAUGUGCAUGAAGAACGGGCGUGGCGCUCGGGUCGGCGUCUUCAGCACCUCCUACAUCAACACUGUGACCCAGGGCUACCCAGGUCCUCCACCACCGUACACCUACGACUACGAGAUGUACCCUCCGUCCCUGCACCCCCCACCCUACACCCCAACCCAGUCUCGACCAGCAAACUACUCCCCGCCUCCUCCUUACCCCGGCUGCACCCGCAAGUGAAACCCCGCUGCAGAAGAAGCUCUAAUUUCCUGGAUCCCCCCCGACUUGGAGAUGCCUGCAGAAAUUCUAAAGUAGCUCUGCGACCCAAAAUUUCCACAUUAAAACAUAAAGAGAGACCCGCCGCGGCAUUAUUCAGCCUGCCAGAACACCCUGUUCAGUGUCACUGCAAUUCUGCUGCUCCGUAGUGGAGCAAAUGGUGGGAAAAUAAUCACUUACCAAAAUGUGGGUCAGGACAGCCGAAGAGCGUCUCAUCACGUCUGAUAGACUUACCUGUUAGCGGCCCUGCUGGCCUGCAGCUGGUACUUUUUGCUCGCUAAUAACCAGUAUUCUUAUCUGUUCCCGCACAUCAAAGGCAGUGCACCGCUUUGAUGAAGUUGAAGACCACUUUUGUCAGCACGGAGGAGAACCUCACAUCACUGGAGGAGAAAAAAAAAGACUUUCCAGGACACAAUGUAGACUCUGCUUUUAUGGAAAGUUAUCCAUUUUUCCUUCCUUUGUUUUUUUUUCUCUUUAAACUGUGUCAGUGACUGGGGUGGGAGUUGAUGAUUAAAGCUGUUUUAAACACGGCAGGUCUGGACCUGUCAUGCAUAGAGACAAAGACUUGAACAUAAUGCAUAAUAAUGCUGACCUGAAUGGCACCGAGAACUUAAAAGGCCCGGGUUGACGGUAAUGAACUGGUUUUUAUUGCCUUACUUGAAUCAUUGAGGGAAGGAAGUGAACCAAGCUCACACUGAAACAGAAAAAUGUAAAUCUUUUGUGAAUUGUGAAGCAUUCGUAAAGCGAAUCGCAGUCGCGGGCUAACUGAGGUUUUAAAUUUAAAGUGGCCUCGCUGUGCUACGACUGACUCAUGUGAUCUGUGAAUGAUGGAAGGGAUUUAACCAUAUAAAUAAUGUCGGGUAAAUAUGUGUUUCUUUACCAUUUCAGUGGUUGUGUUGUAAAUUAAAGAUGUUUUUAAGUAUGAA